AUGCGAAAGCAAGCAGAGCCCCUCCGGACCCCUUCCUCCGGACCUCGCAGUGGUCAAACCAGCGGGCCGUCGCCCAAACCCCCUCCUGUCCAUUGGCCCAAAGGCGCUUCUGGCCAGCGGCAACAGGCCCAAGGAACUUCAGACACGUACGAAGAAGCAGAGAGAGUGUACUACAUAAUCAAGGAUGAAGAUCUGCCGCCGUCUUUACGUGUGUUGCAGCGACAGUAUAAGUUACCUCAGGGGGAGGUGGAAAGCAGUGGGCCGCCACCCCAACCCCCUCCUGUUCCUGUCCAUCAGAGUGGUUCCCGCGGGCGUGUCCGCCAUGGCAACGGCGAUGCUGACGACCAAGAAACGUCUUCACACACGUACGAAGAAGCCGAGCCGGUGAAACGUUAUGCUGCGUACGCGUCUGAAGACCGCGCGUAUCAGGGUGGAGCAAGCGACCGCCGUGCUCUCUGUAGCUUCAUCCGCUCCCACCAAAGCUGUAUGGCCGCCGGCAUUGCUGUGCUGCUAAGCCUGGUCGCCGAAAUAUCGGAACUGACCAUCACUUUUGACGCCAUGAAACGAGACCUGGCUGACUUAUCCCGACUGUCCGCCACUGUUGACGUCUUGAAACGCGACUUGGAUGACAUAUCUCAACUGUCGACUGCCUUGAAGCGGGAUCUUGACAAAAAGCGAAACCAAAGUACAACCUUGGAGAAGCGCCUUCACGAGAUGGUCAAGAAGCCAGGCAAGCCUGGAACUCCUGGAGAAAAGGGGGCCAUGGAGCCGGCUGGCCCUGUGUCUGUCGGGCCUCCUGGACCUGCGGGUGAAAAGGGAGACAUGGGGCCGGCUGGUCCUGUGUCUGUCGGACCUCCUGGAGAAAAGAGAGCCAUGGGGUCGGCUGGUCCUGUGUCUGUCGGGCCUCCAGGAGAAAAGAGAGCCAUGGGGUCGGCUGAUCCUGUGUCUGCCGGGCCUCCAGGAGAAAAGAGAGCCAUGGGUCCGGCUGAUCCUGUGUCUGCCGGGCCUCCAAAAGAAAAGAGAGCCAUGGGGUCGGCUGGCCCUGUGUCUGCCGGGCCUCCAGGAGAAAAGAGAGCCAUAGGGUCGGCUGGUCCUGUGUCUGCCGGGCCUCCAGGAGAAAAGAAAGCCAUGGGUCCGGCUGGUCCUGUGUCUGUCGGACCUCCUAGUCCUCAAGGAGAAAAGGGAGCCAUGGGGCCGGCUGGCCCUGUGUCUGCCGGGCCUCCAGGAGAAAAGAGAGCCAUAGGGUCGGCUGAUCCUGUGUCUGUCGGUCCUCCAGGAGAAAAGAAAGCCAUGGGUCCGGCUGGUCCUGUGUCUGUCGGACCUCCUAGUCCUCAAGGAGAAAAGGGAGCCAUGGGGCCGGCUGGCCCUGUGUCUAUCGGGCCUCCUAGUCCUCAAGGAGAAAAGGGAGCCAUGGGGCCGGCUGGCCCUGUGUCUGCCGGGCCUCCAGGAGAAAAGAGAGCCAUAGGGUUGGCUGAUCCUGUGUCUGUCGGUCCUCCAGGAGAAAAGAAAGCCAUGGGUCCGGCUGGUCCUGUGUCUGUCGGACCUCCUAGUCCUCAAGGAGAAAAGGGAGCCAUGGGGCCGGCUGGCCCUGUGUCUAUCGGGCCUCCUAGUCCUCAAGGAGAAAAGGGAGCCAUGGGGCCGGCUGGCCCUGUGUCUAUCGGGCCUCCUAGUCCUCAAGGAGAAAGGGGAGCCACGGGGCCUGUGGAAAAGAACGGGCCGCCCGGACCAGUUGGGCCCCGAGGGCUGAAGGGGCCCGUCAAGCCGCCCGAUCCAACAGUGAUGGCCAACUCUCCAAGCCCUGCCGGACCGGCUGAACAUGCAGACUCGUUCCCAACAGUCGAAGGGUACACCGCUCGUGCAGGAGACUGUCCUGGGAACGACAUCUGGGACAACUCUGACGUCACACUGCAAGGCUGCGCAGACCGCUGCUCAAAACAUCCCGACUGCGUCUCGUUCCUGUUUUAUAACAACAGAAAGUGCUACCCGAAGACUCAGACAUGCAACGAAACGGACAAGAGCAACCGGGACAAUGUGUUCUACGACAAAAGUACUACUAUCAGUAAUACAGGACGAGGAUAA